CACGUCAUCGUCAGUUUUGAUGCGAAGGGGAAGUUGGGAGGAACCGAAAAGAAGAUCUGGGAGCGGCCGUUUGUGAGAAACACUUUUGAUUUCAGUACAGGAGAUUGGUGUUUAAGGUCAUGGCAGGAAGAGCCGGAGCAACGAGACCUAACGGGCCAAACGCCGGCAACAAGAUCUGUCAGUUCAAGCUAGUCCUUCUUGGCGAAUCUGCCGUGGGCAAAUCCAGUCUAGUCCUUCGCUUCGUAAAAGGACAGUUUCACGAGUUUCAGGAAAGCACAAUAGGAGCGGCCUUCUUGACUCAGACGGUAUGUUUGGAUGACACAACAGUGAAGUUUGAAAUUUGGGAUACAGCCGGCCAGGAGCGCUACCACAGUUUGGCCCCGAUGUACUACAGAGGAGCACAGGCGGCCAUAGUGGUGUAUGACAUCACGAAUGAAGAAUCGUUUGCACGUGCGAAAAACUGGGUGAAAGAGCUUCAGAGACAAGCCAGUCCAAAUAUUGUAAUAGCGUUGGCUGGAAACAAGGCAGAUCUUGCCAACAAGAGAGCAUUGGACUUUCAGGAUGCACAGUCAUACGCAGACGACAACAGUUUGCUUUUCAUGGAGACGUCAGCCAAGACGUCAAUGAACGUGAAUGAAAUUUUUAUGGCUAUCGCAAAGAAACUACCCAAGAGUGAGCCGCAACCUGCCGUUCCCAACACAGGACGCAACAGAGGUGUGGAUCUAACAGAAACAGCACAGCCGGCGAAAGCUUCCUGCUGUAGCAACUGAAGGGCAGCGCUCAUCACCUCCUAACAGCAUCACAUCUGGACAUGGGGCUCCUCCUUCCAAUCCUCGCUCCUCGGAUUAGCUAAAGACUCUGUAUAGCUGUGUUUCUAAUACCUUUUUUUACUUUUUGUUUUUAAGGAAAUAUGUAAAUCAGCAGUCUACUGGAUGCAUGUAUCACUACAAAAAGCUAAAUACACAUUUUUAACUUAAUUCAGCUGGAGAACAAACCCGCUUGAGAGAGAGAGAGUGUGUGAGUCUUAAAGUGAAAGUGUGUGUUUGAUAUGUGGAAGCGACUGGCUGUGCAAGAACAUGACCUGAGUUUAUGACCAGACCCAGAUGGAAUCUGAAAACAUUUUCAGUGCCGAAUAGGGAGACCAAAAUAAAAAACAUUAAACUGAGGUGUGAAUAAAAACAGGGUUUUGUUCGGUGUUUGCAGAUUCCACGCGGGCCUGCUCAUGAUCUGGGUCAGAUUGAAUCGGUUUGGCUUUUAAUACGACUGUGCUGUUUUUAACAGAAAUCAUCCAGAUACUUCAUCAGCAGCUGGUCUAUGUUAUUGGCUUUCAUUUGGGAUGUGGGACCUUCUCAUUCUAGUUAAGCAUUUCUCUAUACAUCUGAUGUUCUCUGAACAGCCUUUCCUACCACUGUGUGAUCUUAAUAACACCCAUAUUGCCAUUGGUCUUGUUCGUGGAACAGGCCAUUGAGUUCUGAUGAGAUUAUGAAAAUAAUGGGCCUGUUGGCUUCAGGUGCAUCUAUUACUAGAUGUAAUGAUUCGAAUGGUGAACUGAUAAAAGAUAACAACUAGGAAGACAGUCAGUGAAACAUUUUUAACCUGCUGUAUGAAUUACUUUCAUUAUUAUUGUUAUUAUUAAUUUAGACUGUAUUCCUAUCUCUGCGUUUUUCUUACGCUUACUUUUGCAUUGGACAAGCGAUGGUCAGGCCCAGAUGAAAUCAGCAUUUUCUGCAAAAUUCUGUGGAGUACAUCGUCCAAAAUGAUAGUUUAAAUAACACAUGCAUUCGCAUUUCACCCCAUUUACUUUCCUAAUGUAUGUUUCUGGGUUGAAUACACUGUAUGUUAUUUAAACAUAUUUUUAGCAAUGACUUUUAAGCAAAAAGUAGCUUUAUUCAUUUGAGCAAUUACAUCCUGUACAAUCUUCAUUAUUCAAUUCCAGAUUAAAAUACAGCUGAAUAUCUUGGAUAACUUUGAAAUUAAUAUAAUAUGUUGACUUCAUUACACAGACAUGCAAAGGAUGAUGGGUGUUUGAAACUAAAUGUGAGUGUAAAAGUCUGAAACUGCAAAUUUCAUGUGGGCCUGAUAAUAAAUUCAGAUGUCAAACAAAGAACUAUUUCAGCAUCUUGGACAUGUCCAGGAGUUUUCUUACUGGAAGCCACAUGCAACUCAUUAUUUGUGUCAGUGCCGUUUUGAAAUCUCUGACGUCUUCAGCACUUGUUUGAGGCAUGUUUGCAGGCAAAUGUAAAUUAUAUGUGCUGUCCGACGAAAGCAAACCUCUCAAAAUAAAAGAGUGUGUUUGUGUGUUAAAGCAGUAUCUUGAAAAUUGAUUUACGAACUGUAAAAUAUUAAAACUGCAUGACUUUAAAUACAGCCAUUUUCAUUUGCCUGUGUAUUAAAGCUCUUGACAGACGGUAAAUUUGCACACUGUACAGCUUCGCGUUAAAAUCUUACUACCAGUUUCUUUUCACAGAAAAUCACGUUGGAAUGGUUUUUUAAUGUAUGUAGUGUUAUUAACAAAUGAACUUGACUUUUAGUCAGUGGUCUGUUAUGUACUUUCUCUCGAAACGCUCUCAAUGUUUUUAUUUCUAAGAAACUAUUGAAUUGCACAAUUUUGAGUUGCGUUUUUUUUAGUUAUGAAAUUGUGGCUACCUGUUGUAUCCAAAAUGAUUUCAUGAUGGACUACAGUGGACAUGUAAACAACACUCCUGAAGGACCACAGGUAGCUAAGGUCAACUAACCGCCAGGUGUUCAAACCAAAUUGAUUAAUUGAUGUAAUGCAUUAACACUGAUUGAGGGACUGAUUGAUUUUUAAUGUCCAGGUACAAGAAUAUUUCCAAUAAAGGGGGUGAAUUGUAUAAAUCCA